AUGCCAAACGCCGUUUCCAACCACUCUGUCUACGACACAAUCUAUAACAGAGUCUACAUCUUCUACUAUGACUUCACCGUCAUCACCUUCCACAAUAACGCAACCAACAGCCACAACUCCUUCUACGACACCGUCCACAACAUUGUCAUCGCCUGCUACAACCCCAACGACUCCUUCGACAACAUCGUCUACAGGAAUGUCUACACCUUCUACAAUGCCAUCUACUGCAUCGUCUUCCACAAUAACGCUGCCAACGAUAACAACUCCAACAACUCCGCCGACAACUCUUUCGACAACACCAUCUACAACAAUGUCUACACCUUCUACAAUGCCGUCUACUGCAUCGUCUUCCACAAUAACGCUGCCAACGAUAACAACUCCAACAACUCCCUCAACGACAUCAUCUACAACAAUUUCGACACCUUCUACAAUGCCGUCUACUGCAUCGUCUUCCACAAUAACGCUGCCAACGAUAACAACUCCCACAACACCUUCGACAACUCCUUCGACAACACCAUCUACAACAAUUUCUACACCUUCUACAAUGCCGUCGACAGCAUCAUCUUCCACAAUAACGCUGCCAACGAUAACAACUCCAACAACUCUGCCGACAACGCCGUCUACAACAAUGUCUACACCAAUCACAAUGCCAUCGACAGCAUCAUCUUCCACAAUAACGUUGCCAACAAUAUCGACUCCCACAACACCUGGAACACCUCCAACAACUCCUUCAACUUUGCCAACAACACCUUCCACAAUGUCUACAACGUCAUCUUCUACAACGCCGGCUUCAACAUCAUCUUCUACGAUAACUCUUCCAACUAUAACUACCCCAACAACUCCGGGAACGCCUCCAACAACUCCAGGAACGCCUCCAACAACUCCGGGAACGCCUCCAACAACUCCGGGAACGCCUCCAACAACUCCGUCCACAACUCAAACAACUCCUUCAACAACAGUGUCGUCAUCUUCUACGAUAACACUCCCCACUAUUUCAUCUCCAACAACUCCGUCCACUGUUCCAACAACUCCGUCAACAGUUCCAACAACUCCGUCGGCAGUUCCAACAACUCCGUCGACAACUCCAACCACAGCUCCAACAACUCCCUCUACUGUUUCCACAACUCUUUCAACAACACCAUCGACAACUUCUUCGUCAUCUUCCACAAUAACGCUUCCCACUUUAUCAACUCGACCAACACCCGGAACACCUCCAACAACUCCGUCCACAGUUCCAACAACUCCGUCACCAGUUCCAACAACUCCGUCGACAGUUCCGACAACUCCGUCGACAGUUCCAACAACUCCGUCAACAGUUCCGACAACUCCGUCGACAGCUCCAACAACUCCGUCGACAGCACCAACAACUCCGUCCACUGUUCCAACCACUCCGUCAACAGUUCCAACAACUCCGUCGACAGCUCCAACAACUCCGUCGACAGCUCCAACAACACCAUCGACAACACCUUCUACAACGCCAUCUUCUUCGUCAUCUUCCACGAUAACGCUUCCCACUUUAUCAACUCGACCAACACCCGGAACACCUCCAACAACUCCGUCUACAGUUCCAACAACUCCGUCUACAGUUCCAACAACUCCGUCCACAGUUCCAACAACUCCGUCAACAGCUCCAACAACUCCGUCGACAGCACCAACAACUCCGUCGACAGCUCCAACAACUCCGUCGACAGCACCAACAACUCCGUCCACUGUUCCAACCACUCCGUCAACAGUUCCAACAACUCCGUCUACAGCUCCAACAACUCCGUCUACCGUUCCGACAACUCCAACCACAGCUCCAACAACUCCCUCUACUGUUUCCACAACUCUUUCAACAACACCAUCGACGACACCUUCUACAACGCCAUCUUCUUCGUCAUCUUCCACAAUAACGCUUCCCACUUUAUCAACUCCAACAACACCCGGAACACCUCCAACAACACCCGGAACACCUCCAACAACUCCGUCCACAGCUCCAACAACUCCGUCAACAGUUCCAACAACUCCGUCUACAGUUCCAACAACUCCGUCAACAGUUCCAACAACUCCGUCGACAGCUCCAACAACUCCGUCGACAGCUCCAACAACUCCGUCGACAGCACCAACAACUCCGUCCACUGCUCCUACAACUCCGUCAACAGUUCCAACAACUCCGUCGAUAGCUCCAACAACUUCCUCUACUGUUUCCACAACUCUUUCAACAACACCAUCGACGACACCUUCUACAACGCCAUCUUCUUCGUCAUCUUCCACAAUAACGCUUCCCACUUUAUCAACUCGACCAACACCCGGAACACCUCCAACAACUCCGUCCACAGUUCCAACAACUCCGUCACCAGUUCCAACAACUCCGUCGACAGUUCCGACAACUCCGUCGACAGUUCCGACAACUCCGUCGACAGUUCCAACAACUCCGUCAACAGUUCCGACAACUCCGUCGACAGCUCCAACAACUCCGUCGACAGCACCAACAACUCCGUCCACUGUUCCAACCACUCCGUCAACAGUUCCAACAACUCCGUCGACAGCUCCAACAACUCCGUCGACAGCUCCAACAACACCAUCGACAACACCUUCUACAACGCCAUCUUCUUCGUCAUCUUCCACAAUAACGCUUCCCACUUUAUCAACUCGACCAACACCCGGAACACCUCCAACAACUCCGUCUACAGUUCCAACAACUUCGUCUACAGUUCCAACAACUCCGUCCACAGUUCCAACAACUCCGUCAACAGCUCCAACAACUCCGUCGACAGCACCAACAACUCCGUCCACUGUUCCAACCACUCCGUCAACAGUUCCAACAACUCCGUCUACAGCUCCAACAACUCCGUCGACAGCUCCAACAACUCCGUCGACAGCACCAACAACUCCGUCCACUCUCCAACAACACCAUCGACAACACCUUCUACAACGCCAUCUUCUUCGUCAUCUUCCACAAUAACGCUUCCCACUUUAUCAACUCGACCAACACCCGGAACACCUCCAACAACUCCGUCUACAGUUCCAACAACUUCGUCUACAGUUCCAACAACUCCGUCCACAGUUCCAACAACUCCGUCAACAGCUCCAACAACUCCGUCGACAGCACCAACAACUCCGUCCACUGUUCCAACCACUCCGUCAACAGUUCCAACAACUCCGUCUACAGCUCCAACAACUCCGUCUACCGUUCCGACAACUCCAACCACAGCUCCAACAACUUCCUCUACUGUUUCCACAACUCUUUCAACAACACCAUCGACGACACCUUCUACAACGCCAUCUUCUUCGUCAUCUUCCACAAUAACGCUUCCCACUUUAUCAACUCGACCAACACCCGGAACACCUCCAACAACUCCGUCCACAGUUCCAACAACUCCGUCUACAGUUCCAACAACUCCGUCGACAGCUCCAACAACUCCGUCCACAGUUCCAACAACUCCAUCGACAGUUCCAACAACUCCGUCUACAGUUCCAACAACUCCGUCGACAGCUCCAACAACUCCGUCGACAGCACCAACAACUCCGUCCACUGUUCCUACAACUCCGUCUACAGUUCCAACAACUCCGUCGACAGCUCCAACAACUCCGUCGACAGCUCCAACAACUCCGUCCACUGUUCCAACCACUCCGUCAACAGUUCCAACAACUCCGUCGACAGCUCCAACAACACCAUCGACAACACCUUCUACAACGCCAUCUUCUUCGUCAUCUUCCACGAUAACGCUUCCCACUUUAUCAACUCGACCAACACCCGGAACACCUCCAACAACUCCGUCCACAGUUCCAACAACUCCGUCUACAGUUCCAACAACUCCGUCCACAGUUCCAACAACUCCGUCAACAGCUCCAACAACUCCGUCCACAGUUCCAACAACUCCGUCGACAGCUCCAACAACUCCGUCUACAGUUCCAACAGGUCCAACAACACCUUCUACUGUUUUCACAACUCUUUCAACAAUACCAUCGACAACACCAUCGACGACACCUUCUACAACGCCGACUACAUUUUCAUCUUCUACAAUAACGCUUCCCAUGUCAUCAACACCAACAACCCCGGGAACGCCGCCAACAACUCCGUCCACUGUUCCAACAACUCCUUCGACAACGAUUCCGACAACACCUUCUACAACGCCAUCUUCAUCAUCAUCUUCCACAAUAACGCUUCCCACUUUAUCGACUAGGACAACACCUGGAACGCCACCAUCAACUCCGUCAACAGUUCCAACAACUCCGUCGACAGCUCCAACAACUCCUUCGACUGUUCCUACAACUCCGACCACAGCUCUAACAACUCCUUCAACAACACCGCCGACAACUCCUUCUACAACGUCAUCUUCUACGAUAACGCUUCCCACUGUACCGACUCCAACAACUCCCGGGAUAUCUCCAACAACUUCUUCUACUGUUUCCACAACGCCUGCUACAACACUGUCAACAACACCUUCCACGACGCCUUCUGCAGCGCCGACUACAUCGUCAUCUUCCACAAUAACACUUCCCAUGUCAUCAACCCCAACAACUCCCGGAACGCCGCCAACAACUCCGUCCACAGCUCCUACAACUCCUUCGACAACGCCUUCUACAACUUCGACUACAGCGUCAUCUUCCACUAUAACACUUCCGACUUUAUCAACUCGAACAACACACGGAACGUCUCCUACAACUCCGUCCACUGUUCCAACCACACCUUCCACAACACCCUCUACGACACCGUCUACAACGCCGUCUUCCACAAUAACGCUUCCCCCAUCAGGAACUCCAACAACUCCCGGAACGCCUUCAACACCCUCUUCCACGGUUCCACCUUCGACAACACCGUCUCCGACCUCCACAGUUUCAUCGACACCUCGCACAUCAUCGACAAUAACGCUUCCGUCAAUUACGACCCGUUCGACCGUGCCGACUACAAGAUUUGCUGCAAACCCAAACCAAGCCCCUUCGAUUCUUGGCACUGGUUUGUUUGCACCUAGCGUUGGAUUCAAACCAUCAUCAGUGCAAUCAAACCCUUCAAACAUCCUUCCACCUCAGGUUACGGUUACGGUUUCCACCAGCGGUCCAAAUGUUACCGAUUCACCUACCGUGUUUGUGGUGGGUGCCAAUUCAGUGCGUGUACUGAUGAGUCGGCCCGACUCGCGGCUCCAUAUGGGUGUGCGCGUCAUGCGCUGCUGUACGCGGUUUAUAGUUUCGCACCGGUCGAACAAGUUUCCAGUGCUCGGCAAACCAGAUCUCGGAAAGGUUGCCGUACAGGACUGCCAGACCGGUGAAGUGUAUUGA